CUCUCUCUGCUCUCGCCCCUGCCUCCUCUGUUAUUCUCUCUCUUUGCCCUUGCCCUGCCUCUUCUCUCUCUGGACAGUGGUAUACCAAUCUGUGGGGUUUUGCCUCUUUCAGGUAUAAUGUCUUUGUAACAUGAUUAGCUGUGAAAUUACUACACAACCUUCAACUAGAGUUGCCCAUACAAAGGAUCAGUUACAUCGCCUCUUUCUAUAGCUGGGGAUGACGGGCCCAACUAUUAUGGCUAUCGCAUUGAGCUUUGAUCUGGGAAAGUACCAGCAUAAUCUGAUAGCCGAUGAUAUUUGGCAACUCAAAGGGGUGUCCAUUGUCUGUUCAUGAUUUGGACAAUGGAGAUCAAUUGUAGCGAGGCCCGUAGAGACACUCAUCCAGCUAGAGUUGAUCCCCUCCUUCCAUCAUCAGGGUCUGGAAGCAGGUGGUGGCUGCCCUUCUGGAGUACCUUAUACCAUACUACAUUGUUUAUGGUGCAGUUUUCAAUAUGACUUGUCGUCGAGUACUCACUGGAUAGUGCGUCCAAGAAGAUGAGCCUGCUUUGCUUUAUGUUUGCAUGCAUGCUGGUUACCAUUUCAGGUGUCAAAGUCUGGUUUUGUGGAGGUGGAGAUGCUUAUGAGCAUUGAAAGAUAUUUUCAUGUGAUGCACAUCAGCCCCAAACAAUUCUUUUACAAUCUGAUAAACAUACAAAGACUGUCAUGCCAAAACGAAGAGCCAAAAGGACCACAAAAGAACCUCCUGCCUCUCUUGAGAGCAAACAUGAAACCCUAGCUGAAAAUCAGCUGUGUUCUACAUUUAGUGAACAAGAAGUUGAACGCCGAGCUGCUGCAAUCCGUGCCAUUGGCAAUGGAGAGAUUGAAUACACGCUGAGCCAUUUGCAUAAUUUGCGCUCAUUCUUUGCAAAGGAGCAGCUUGAGACCCCAUUUGUACAAUUUAUAGAGGAAAAGUGCCCUAAUAUUGUGGUUGUCAAGCACGAUGAGUGUGGAGAAUGCCUACUACACUGGAAAGCUUUGGACUGCAACCCAUCACUUAGUGUCACCGAGGAAAGAGCAAUGCUUCCUCUAUUGGGACCCUGUGGUUCUGUAGGGCAACAAGGCUUCUUGGCAUAUAAUAAUAAUUGUGGUCCUUUGCCUCCUUUUUGUGGCUUCCCAUUUUCAGUGGCAGAGAACAUGAUGAAGACUGCUAGUGCGCAGAUCCCGGAUUUUGGUUUUCAGAAUCAUGAGAGGCAAAUUCGAGGAAUCCAAGAUUCUUUUGAAACUCCUGGGGUCUCUGCUCAGAGGCUAUCUAUUGGUAUGACCCCCAAAACCUUGAGACUGCCAAAGCCUGGCGAAAUGCUGCUGUCCAUUCAUGGCUCACCUCUUGGAGUAUUUCCAAAUGAAAAUAUGGAAGCCAUUGAUGAAUCUCAGGAGUCCUAAACUUUCUUCUGAUCCUAUGAAGUAUCAGGUGUUCACUAUUGAAUAUAUAAAAACCAGAUUUGUGCGGGGUUCUCUUAUUACUUGCACUGGGAAAAUGCUAAGGUGAUCCAGUCAUUUCAUUUUGUUAUUCCAUUUUUUGUUUGCCCUUUAAGAAUUUUAGCUUAAAGUGGUAAAAUUAGAACAAGUUCAGAGCCUAAAAGCUUUGUUGCAAUCGCUUUUGACUUCUAUAUUAUAACAGCAAGAAAGCUAGUAUUGUGCAGCUUAUUAAUGGCUUUUAA